UCUGAUUUUUUCCAAGUGUUUCAUACAGCUAUAUAUAAAUGAUGAAUUAACGUAACUCAGUGGGAAUGAAUCUGAUUUAACAGAAACAUUCAGUUCCCCUGUGUAACAGAUAUGUAAAUACUAUCAUAUGUGUUUUGCAUUCUGCAUUAUGCACUUUACAUAUUCGAUCAAUACGAUAUUAUGUAACACAGAGGAUGUAACUGAAAGGAAGGAAUUAUUGGAUCGUUUUACUUUAUUAAGGUUGAAAACCAGACAAAGAAGGGACUUUUGUUGGAACUAUUUAAGUAAACAGAGGGUUUAAAAGGUACGAUGUCUGAAACAGUUGAAGAGACCGCGGCUCAUGCUGAAGGUGAGAAAUUAGAAGAGGAAGUCACUGACAAAGGGAAGUUACUCGAGAUGGAAGAAGUGCAAACAACCCAACCUACCACUUCACAACCACAACAGCCUGCUCCUACGCAGACACAGACGCAACCGGAAACGAGCGAGGGAGAGUCUGAGGCAUGCGCAACUUGCCUGCAAAUCUUCUCGAUACUGGUCAUUGUGCUGUUCUUCCCUUUUUCUCUCUUGUGUGCUUUGAAGAUGGUCCAGGAAUACGAACGAGCUGUCAUUUUCCGAUUAGGUCGAAUCAUUGACGGAGGGGCCAAGGGUCCAGGUUUGUUCUUUGUGUACCCGUGCAUGGAUACAGUUACAACAGUAGACAUGCGGACUAAAGCGUUUGACAUCAACCCUCAGGAGAUACUGACGAAGGACCAACUUACAGUUAUGGUGGACGCUGUCAUAUACUUGCGUAUAAUUGACCCCGUUUUAUCCAUCACUCGGGUAGAGAAUGUCAACGCAUCCAGCAAGAUGUUAGGGGCAACAACGUUGAGAAACACGCUAGGCACCUACAACAUGACCGAUAUCUUGUCUAAAAGAGACGAGAUCAAUUCUCAGAUGAAGGUUCUCUUGGACGAGGCGACAGAUCCAUGGGGCGUUGACGUUGAACGCGUAGAAAUUACUGACGUUCGUUUACCAGAGCAGAUGCAGAGAGCCAUGGCUGCUGAAGCUGAGGCAACCAGAGAGGCUCGAGCUAAGGUGAUUGCUGCAGAAGGUGAACAAAGGGCGUCGCGUGCUUUGAAAGAAGCAGCAGACGUCAUGAUAGAAUCGCCCGCCGCCAUGCAACUCCGGUACCUGCAGACGCUUAACACCAUCUCAGCUGAAAAGAACUCAACCAUCAUCUUCCCUCUGCCGCUUGAAUUCAUGCAAGUGUUCAAAGGACCACAACCUAGUCAGAGUCAAUAGCCGCUUGUUUGCGAACGCUGCUUGCUUAUUUGACAAUCUCAAAGGCGUUUACUUUUGUAGAAAAUUACAAAUAUGCUUUAAACCAAGGCAGAAAAGGGUGCAAUUAUUUUAUAUUUGUAUUUUUGCGAGCUUAUUCACUGUAAUUGUUAACUAGAAUCUCAUUAAAUGUAAAUCAAAAAGUGCGUUAAGGCUAUAUUUGUAAUAUAGAUCUUCUUGAACAAUUUCUGGUCCUUAACAAUGUCGAGCAGUUUUUAUGAGAAAACAUUUUGAGCUAUGAAUAACUAAACUAACUUAGAAACGAUCCACAGAUACCGAGACAGACUUUUCAUGGAUUUUCGCAGUAUUUUAUUUAUACUAUAAAGCAGUAUUUAUACUAUUAAAUUAAAAAUAAAUUAUUAUCUAUAUAUUUUACGUUCAUAGCCAUAACAUAUUUGUUGAUAUAGCUGUAAUUCGACAUUAACAAAGCAACAUACACAAUCAGUUGGCAGCUUUCUGAUUUAUAAUUCAGGGUAGCAAUGCACAGUAGUUGCACAGUUAGUCCGUCGGCAUGUGUAUACUAUAACUGCCAUAUACCACGGGCAAUAUCAGCCAGUAAGAUGACUGUAAUGCUGUACAAAUUACAACUGACAUUUAAACACGGGAUCAAAAAGCUUUCAAACACCUGAUAAACUUCGACAAUUGCUUUAAAUAAAAUCUUGCAGAGAGCUUGUGAAAAUUGAGAGCAGAGCGAUAUUAAUGGUUACUUAGAACCUCUUUUCUCUAGUUUACAUAAUCAUGUGACUGCCAUUUUUAACAUUUUCAAACAGUCACGUAAUUUCUGAAUAUAUACUAAACAGUUGCUAAUGACAUGCCGGGAAAUAGUCAAAACUAGCGCCCGAGGUCCGAAGGACCGAGUUCCAAUAGUUUUGACUUUUGUCUGGCAAACUAUUCAAUAAAUUUUAUUACAUUACUAUUCUAUUUUUUUUACUUAUUAUCUGUAAACAUGUGUUGAAUAUAGAAUGGUCCUAAAGCGCAAAUUGUGGACCGGCGAUUUAUAUACCUAGCCACCUUUUACAUUUUAUAUUUAUUUUUAUUCAUUCAAGCCUAAAACUUCAGGCCUUUUUACUUCCCUGCGUUUUAUACUUGAUCGCGUAGUUGAUGUACAUUGGUAUUUACGUGUAUAAUUUGUACAGAUUUUUUAAUGUAAAUAUACUACUAUUGUAAUAAAAUGUAAUAUAUA